AAAUCAGUAGUGGAAGAAGAAGGAGGGAGAGAGAGAGAGAGAGAGAGGGUUUUGGAGGAUUAGGGUUUUGAAAUAUCUCUGGAUGAUUUUGUAGAUAGAGAUUGGAGGGAGAGAGAGAGAGAGAGAGAGAGAGAGGGAGAGAUGUAUUUGAAUCCGAUGAGAAGAUCUUUCAAGGAUUCGCUGAAAGUUCUGGAAGCCGAUAUACAGCAUGCGAAUACACUGGCAUCAGAUUUUCCAAGGGAAUAUGAUGGUGCCUGCCUUCAGAUGAGAAUGUCAUACAGUCCAGCUGCGCACCUGUUCCUUUUUCUUGUUCAAUGGACCGAUUGUCGCCUUGCUGGUUUCCUUGGACUUCUGAGAAUUCUGAUAUAUAAGGUUCACGUAGAUGGCACAACAACCAUGUCAGUCCAUGAAAGGAAAGCUAGUAUUGGAGAAUUCUAUGCUGUGAUUUUUCCCUCAUUGCUGCAACUUCAAAGCGGGAUCACAGAUAUGGAAGAUAAAAAACAAAAGGCAGUUUGCAUGGAAAGGUAUCGUAGAAGAGAUGAUGAAGAAAGGAGGCAAUAUUCGGAGGUGGAUGUUGAAAGAGAAGAAGAAUGUGGGAUUUGCAUGGAGAUGAACAGUAAGAUCGUGUUGCCCAAUUGCAGCCAUGCAAUGUGCAUGAAGUGCUAUCGAGAAUGGCACUCAAGAUCGCAGUCGUGCCCCUUCUGCCGCGACAGCCUCAAGAGGGUGAACUCAGGUGACCUCUGGAUCUUCACCGACAGCAGAGAGAUAGUUGACACAGCAACGCUGACAAGGGAGAACCUGAGGCGGCUCUUCAUGUACAUAGAUAAGCUGCCUGAUGUUAUCCCCGAUACUGUUUUCGACUCCUACGAUUCCCACGUUAAAUGAGCUCAGUCGAUUUGUAUAGCAGCCAUCAUGGACAGCGGACAAUCAAUCCGCCAAUAAUUCCUUUCUGUUCGGCCAACGAUGGAUGGCCAAAUUGAGCUUCUUCGAUUAAUUUAGAUUUCGAAGCGCUAAUUUCUCGUUCUGAAGCCGUCUUUGGCUAAUGAGUGCCAGAAUCCAUGGGACUAGGUAUGUAAAUUUGUAUUUAGGAUUAUGUAAAUGCGUUGUACAUAAUGAAAGGUUCUCUAUGUAA